UUCCUUUCUGGACGGUUCCAACUUCCACGUGUGUGGUAGUAAUCUGUUUUCUCGUCAAGUCUCAACUGUCAACCCUCUUUUUACGCAUAUAGAGACCAAGCGAGACAAGUUAUUUGCGCCAGAUUCAUCGAUUUUUCUAUCGUAUUGUUGAUCUCUUGUUCUUUGCGAAAUUGUUGAGAUGUCGUACUCGAGGAGGUCUAGGUACUCCCCUUCUCCUUCACCACCACACAAGCGCUAUGGCAGGUCUGUGUCAAGGUCCAGAUCAAGCUCAAGGAGUCGGAGCUAUGAUUAUGAGGCAAGUGACAUUGAAAACCCUGGAAACAAUUUGUAUGUAACUGGUUUAUCAGCACGUAUCACUAAGAGAGAUGUUGAGAAGCAUUUCUCGGCAGAGGGAAAGGUGGAAGACGUUCACCUGGUGAUGGAUCCUUGGACUCGAGAAUCUCGUGGAUUUGGGUUUGUAUCCAUGUCUAACAUCAAGGAAGCUGAUCGAUGCAUCAAGUAUCUUGAUGGGUCUGUUCUUGAGGGCCGUGUUAUCACAGUGGAGAAGGCGAGGAGGCGGAGAGGCAGAACACCAACUCCAGGAAGGUAUCUUGGGCUAAGGAGUGCACGUGGUGGUCGUCGUCAUCGAUCCCCAACCUACUCUCCACCACGUUCGCGUAGGAGUAGGAGGAGGAGGUGGAGCUAUUCUCCUGGUUACUCGUCUGAUAGUGAUAGAAGCAGGAGCAGGAGGAGGUCAUAUUCACCAUAUUAUUACAGAAGGCGUGUGCGUGGAAGGUCCAGGUCCUACUCACAAGGCUCUAGAAGCAGCCCAGAAGAUGGUUACUACAGGAGGGGUAGGGGGAGAGGUGGGUCUUACAGCCCAGAAGAGCGUGAUUAUAACAGGAACAGGAGCAGAUCAAGGGACUCUUCUUCACCUGAGUACGAGUACAGCAGGAGGAGAAGUAGGAGGAGUUAUCGGUCUGUAUCUCCUCCAAGUGUGUCUUCUUCCCCAACAACAAGGAGGAGGAGGAGGAGGAGGAGGAGUUACUCUUCUAGCAUGUCGCCGGUUAAGUCAAAGAGAAGCUACUAUUCAAGUGUUUCUGUGAGUAGUAGAUCAAGGAGCCCUGCAGCUGACUAUUCCCUUUCCAGUAGGAGUAGGAGCAGCAGCAGUCUCAGCUCUAGGUCCACUGCUUCUUCUGACUAUACAAAAUAAGAAUAUUCAUAACUUUUUUCUUUAUGGACAGGACUAGCCUACUACUAGGAGUAGGACUCUGGCUAUGCAUGUUAUGUUCUUACAGCACAGCUUAUUGAUUUACGACAUAUAUGUACUGGUUGUCACUUUUAUUUCAAACAACUUUCUUUGCCUA